AUGACAAAUGUUGCAGCAAAGCUGAAAAUAGUGGGAUUUAUGACAUUCAGUGAUAUUACUCACAGCGUCUCACAUGUUGCGUUUGGAAAUUAUUUAUCCUUCUCAUCCGGCUUAAGUUUAAGUUUCUUUUCUAAACCUUCAACUGAUGAUGCAUCUGUUUUUGCUAAAAUACAAAAAAUUCUAAUUAGUCGUACUGUAGACAUCCAACUUUCGGCAUUAUUCGUUCUUAUGACUUACAUGACGAUCAGAUUUUUCGAACUAAAUAAUGAAAAUUUGCCCGAAUUACUUCGCAAAUGUUCAAUCGCUAUGUAUGUCUUUUGUGGUUUGUUGAUUUUUAAUGCAUUUCUAGCAACAUUCAGGAAAAAGAAGAUUAAGAUUAUCGAAUUCUUUGGGUAUAUUUGGGGACCUUCUUUAAUUGCAAUUUACAUAAUCCAAAUGAUUUUUCAAGUUUAUUUGAAAAAUAAUUUCCCAUCCACCGGAUAUAUGUUCAUAUUUCAAUGGAUAAGUCUUCUUUCCAUUUUGUUAGUUUUCCCAUUGACUUUGACAUUAAAAUUUACAUCUCUUGGAAAAAUGAUUGAGGAUAAAGAUUCUUACGCGCUUAUAUUUUCAAUAGCACUUCAAUUAUAUUUACAUGUGGGAUAUAUAAGUUUUUUUUUAUAUUGUGAUGAAGGUUAUUUAUCUUCGGGGUUGUUGUUCUUAGGUAGUUUCGCUUUAGGCAAUAUGAUUCGUAAUGAGAAAAAUUAUAUUUUUAUUUCGUGGAAAUGGGACAAGGUCGAUGAAAAACCUACAAUCGCGACUGAAGAUGGACUUGAGGAUAAUUCGUUCGAUAUAGAAGAUGAAAUUAAUAUAUUGCAUAUAAUUGACACCAAAAGUAAAAUUAG